AGAGACACGAAUACACAAAAAUACACGAAACACAACACAUCACAACACAUACAAGAAGACACAGGUUUACUAAUACACAAAGACACAAAUGCACAAAAAGACACAAGUUUACUAAUACACAAAGACACAAAUAUACAAAAAGACACAAGUUAACUAAUACACAAAGACACAAAUAUACAAAAAGACACAAGUUUACUAAUACACAAAGACACAAAUAUACAAAAAGACACAAGUUUACUAAUACACAAAGACAAAAACACACAAAUACACAGAGACACAAAGACACAAAUACACAGUUACUUACAAAAAAACACGAUAUUCAUUGUUCAUUUGGUUUUGUUAGACGUUGCAGUUACCUUUUAAGACUUUCGAUAUGCCGCGAGUGAAGCCGACCAAAAAGCUCGAUGUCCUGGGAAAUUUAGACCUACGUCCCGAAGAGGCUGUUCGUGAUUAUUUCAUCUCGAAGGCUCAAGAGCAAUUUUUCGUAAAACCACCCAACGCCGAUUCUGCUGGUGAUUCCAUUGAUCUGCUGUUCAUUCACAAUACCCGGGAACAUGAUGCCAUGGUCGAAUUGCAAAAGGAAAUGCUAGAAAAUGCCAAAAGGCAAACUGAAAAGAAUUCGGCUAGAGUUCGAAAGAUGUACAAGAUACAGGAUCGUUUGCGGAAGCGUUUUAUAUCGGUGAAUAGCUUCAUAAAGGAUUGCAUGGACAAGAAACGGAAUGCCGAGAAGACUAUUAAUGCAGAAAAAGCUUUGCAUGUGGAACUUUCAGAGAGUAUUGAAAAAUUCAAGAUCUCCAUUGAUGAACUUGGCACUUUUCGAGCAGCUCUGAAAGCCACUGUCGAAGAAUUUCAGCCAUAUGAAAAGGUCUUGGAUGAUGUGGUUAAGGUCUCCGAUAUCUUUGUAUCGCCCAAAGAUUGCAUGGAUCGUUGUGAUGCCUUAAUGCUGGCUCAGGUGGAAAUUCGUGAUCUGGAGGAUAAGAAACUUCAGGAAAUUGAGGAAAUGCGUCAGCAGACGGUCAAAGUUACCAAUGAGGCAGCUCUCACGGUAUUAGGACUUAAGAAUGAUUUGUCUCGAUUGGAACGAUCUUAUAAUCAAUCCCGUGUCUUGUGCCUCAAGUGGGAGAAAAUUUUGACCAACACUAAGGAUACCAUAGCCAAUAAUGCGAUGGACAAAGAACGCACUUUGGAUGCCAUUAACGUGCUCUAUCGCACAUUAUGUCAAAGAAGGGAUAUGGUGCCAAGUAUCCAUAGAAAUGAUGUGGAGCCUCAAUUAGAUUAUAUCAAAACCGAAAUCGAGGUAUUAAAUGCAAUAUUGAAGGAAUAUGAAGAGGAAGAAGAGAAAUCCGGGCAAUCGAGAACGAAUACACUCGAAGACAAAGUUGAGUGCUAAAUCAAAAUGUAUUCUAUUUGUAUUCAAAAAGACUAUUGAAUUUUAAAUUUUAAUUAAGCAUAAUAUAAUACAUAGUUUAAGCAUAAUAUAA